AUGUCCGAACCCCCAGUCCCCCGGCUCUACUUCGCCUACGGCUCCAACCUUUCCCCAACCCAAAUGGCCCUCCGCUGUCCGUCUUCCGAACCGAUCGGUCUCGCUCACCUCCCGGGGUACAACUUCAUCAUCAACGACCGACACUACGCCAACAUCGUCCCGAGUCCGGGCCCCGCCGACCCCACCGACCCGGGCGUCUACGGCGUCGUCUACACUCUACCACCCGAAGACGAGGCCGCGCUAGACAGAUGCGAAGGCGUACCCCACGCCUACCAGAAGCAAACUCUCGCCGUCGAUUUGUCGGCUGUCGCCGACUUCGAGUCCGCACCGGAGCCGGCUGCCCCGCACGCGUCGGAAUCCGCUGCAGAUCCCACCACGGCAGCAGCAGCACCCCCGCUCCCCAAGGAAAAGAAAACGGUCAACGCACUCAUCUACAUCGACGGAGCCAGACAGACCCCGUCAACGCCUUACCCCGAAUACAUCGACCGCAUGAACCGCGGCGUCCAGGAGGCGUCGUCCCGCUUCGGUCUGCCCGCAUCGUACGUGGACGAGGUCAUCCGGAAGUGGAUACCAGCGUCAAAUGCCCCCAUCGUCGAUGCGGGUGCCAUCGAGGAUCCCUUUCUGAGCAACGCUUGA